UCUCCCGCUCCGCCUUCUCAUCGCUCAAGAGAAGUGAACUUUGUGGCAAUAGCCAUGGCCCCUUUGUUUCCCAGAUCCAAAGCCCAAGAGUCCCUCCAGAUCCCCGAAGAAUGGAUAGGGACAGACUGGCCUGUUGCUAGAGCACCCCUGAUAAGACUCUGUCCACGUGGAAGAGACUGGAAGUGUCAUGAUGACUGAGAGACAUUGGAACCUGUGUGGACAGUCUGCAUGUUUGGGCCAGCAGCCGGUCAGACCUGGGAAUGACUUCCAAAGGCCUUAGCCUGUUCUCACUUUCUUUGGUGGCUGCCUCUGCCCUCUGAGGCCAGUCUGUGGCCCCAGGAAAACCAGGCCUUUCACUCUUUCCUAGUCUAGAAGAGGUUGGCUGGGUCAGCAGAGUGAGCCUGCCAGAUUCUCUGUGUAGCUCCUAGCCUAACAGGAGCUGGGAUGAGGCCGUGUCUGCUGCUGAGCUUGGUGGGAUGAUGCCUCUUUCCCCAGAGACUGAAAUGGAAAAGGGAUGAGUGUUCUCCUAAAGUGUUGGGGGAGUUGUGUGUACUUUUGUGCUUGCCGUGGCUUUGAAAUGAAUAUUCCUCUCUAAAAUCCAAUUCUUGUGUUAGUCAGGAGAUGUAACCCAAACCCUAGAACUCUGAUGAAGAGUUGUCAGCCUCCUGCUCCUGGGAGAAUGAGUAGGGAGCAUCCUCGGGACAAAAUGAUCCAGCUGUGUUCAGUUGAGAAGGCUGGGGCCAUUAGAAGAGCUCAGCGGCAACCCAGAGACGAUCUCCUCUCUUUGCCCUCAUUCAGUUCUGGGUCAAACUCACGGUCCUUUGCAGUGAGCCUGUACGAGCAGCCUUAGGACCCAGUGACCUUCCAGGAUGUGGCCGUGGUCUUCACACAGGAGCAGUGGGGGUACCUGGACCCUUCCCAGAAGGAGCUGUACCGGGACGUGAUGCUGGAGAACUAUCAGAAUCUGCUCUGCCUGGGACUGGCCGUGUCCAAGCCCGAGGUAAUCUGCCAACUGGAGCAAGGGGAGGCUCCUUGGAGGCCAGAGGGGAGAGUCCCAGGGAGCAGCCAUCCAGAUGGGGAGGUGAGGCCUGAAACCAAGGAGUCACCCCCAGAGCUGGGCAUUUCUGUGGAACAGUCAUCAGGCCAGGACAGACUCAGGAGGCAUGGUCUCUGUGUCUCCAGCUGGAAAGAAGCCUGGGCACGUGGUGCCAGAUUAGGGAGGCAGCAGAGCACUGAGGAGAGAAAUCCUCAGCAAGUAGUGAGGGGCCCUGAAUGGCACAGUUAUGGCCAGAGCUCCAGGCCAGAACCAAAACUUUUCUCACAGCAGAGAGUGUCUAUGGAAAAAAGUCUCCACAAAUGUGAUACGGAAUGUAGUAGAGUCUGCUCAAAGGAGAUAAUUUCUAAGUAUGAUGAAUGUGGGGAUUCCUUCAAUUCUAAAUCAGAGUGUAAUGAAUAUCAUGGACAACAUGCUGGAGAGAAACCAUAUGACACUAACAGAUGUGGAAAGGCCAUCACUCUUGGUCCAUUCAUUAAUUCCUAUCAGGCAACUGAUAUUGGAGAAAAAAAUCCCAAAUGUAACACAUUAGAGAAGGCUUCUCCCCAAAUUGUACCACAACCGAUUGAGCAUAGCGAACAUAGUGAAUGUGGGGAGCCUUUAACCCACAGUUCCUCUAUUACUUCCUAUGAAAGUGGUCUUAGAGGGAAUAAACCUGAUGAAGGUGGGAAGGCCCUCCUCCAGAGUGCACAGCUUCAUUGUCAGCAGAUUCAUAUUGGAGAGAAACCUUAUGAAUGUGAUGAAUGUGGGAAGGCCUUCCGCUUGAAAGGACAGCUUUCUCGACAUCAGAGAAUUCACACUGGAGAGAAACCUUAUGAAUGCAAGGAAUGUGGGAAGGCCUUCUGCCAGAGUGCGCACCUUACUCAACAUCAGAAGAUUCAUACUAGGGAAAAAACUCAUGAAUGUAAUGUGUGUGGGAAAGCCUUCUGCCAGAAUGCACACCUUAUUCGUCAUCAAAGAAUUCAUACUGGAGAGAAACCUUAUGAAUGUAAUGAAUGUGGGAAGGCCUUCCACUUGAGAGAACUCCUUAUUCUACAUCACAGUAUUCAUACUGGAGUAAAGCUUCAUAAAUGUAAUGAAUGUGGAAAGGCCUUCAACCAGAGAGGACAUCUUACUGGACAUCAGAGAAUUCAUACUGGAGAGAAACCUUAUGAAUGUAAUGACUGUGGGAAGGUCUUUCGCCUCAGAGAACACCUAACUCUACAUCAGAGGAUUCAUACUGGAGAGAAACCUUAUGAAUGUAAUGACUGUGGGAAAGCUUUCCAUGUGAGCACAGAGCUUACUAGGCACCAGAGGAUUCAUACUGGAGAGAAACCUUAUGAAUGUAAUGAGUGUGGAAAGACCUUCUGCCAGAGUGCACACCUUACUCGACAUCAGAAAAUUCAUACUGGAGAGAAACCUUAUGAAUGUAAUGACUGUGGGAAGGCCUUUAGCCGGAGAGAUCCCCUCAUUCAACAUCAGAGAAUUCAUACUGGAGAGAAACCGUAUGAAUGUCAUGAAUGUGGGAAGGCCUUUGGUAGGAGAGGCCAGCUUACUCUGCACCAAAGAAUUCACACUGGAGAGAAACCUUAUGAAUGUCAUAAGUGUGAGAAGACCUUCAGCCUGAAAGGGUCACUUACUCGCCAUCAGAGUAAUAGAAGUCAUUCCACCUUUGGAAAUUAACCUACCUAGGGUUACACUAUGCCUAUGUAAAGACAUUUAGGAUGCUCUGAGUGGAAUAAAGCAAAAGCUAAGUA